AUGGCCCGAGGAGGUCGCUCAGCCCUCGACACCUACACAAGGUAUUUCAAACACUCAUGCCAAAGGGACUCAAAGCGACCCUCGUUGACAAAAUCAAUAGAAGCACGAUUCUUCUUAGUCAAGUCUUUCAACUCGAUGAACGUUGAAAUGGCCCAGCGAGACGGACUAUGGAUCACAAAAGCUGAAAACGGCCCCAUGCUAAGCUUCGCCUUUAAACAAUGCAAAACCGUCUAUCUCAUCUUCUCCAUCAACAAGUCAAAGGCAUUCCAAGGCUAUGCUCGCAUGACCACGGCCCCUGAUCCCAACAUCGCCCCAGCCAAAUGGAUGAGCAACAUCAGCUGGAAAGCCAGCCACCCCUUCCGCAUUGAGUGGCUCAACACUCGCCGCACCGCCUUCUGGACGCUGGGAGACCUUAAAAAUGCCUUUAAUGACCACGCCCCUGUCUUUGUCGGUAGAGACGGCCAGGAAUAUCCCGAAGACUGCGGGCGCAAGAUUCUAGAGGUAUUGGAUUCAAGUUUGGAAGAGACUAAGAGUGGCGGUGAUUCUCCCAAGGCAGCUCCGGCUUCCCCGUGGGCAACUCCGGCUAGCCCGCGUUCACAUGCAAAGUCUGGCAAGACGGAGGCUUUGAGUUGGCGACGCGAAGAACCGUCCGGCUGGCGCUGGGAUGAAACGGCCCCUGCUCAUACGUGUUCUGAGGUGGCGGAUGACAUGCCCUUGAUAGAGAUAGAGUACUGA